AACACAGCGGUUCGCCGCCGAGAAACUGACAGGAGAUAUUCUAAUUGUAGACACUUUUUGCUCAAUCUUUUUAUCUAAAUUUGUGUUGAAGUAACAGAAAUGGACGACCAGGGGUGUCCGAGAUGCAAAACAACCAAGUACAGGAACCCGUCGCUGAAGCUGAUGGUGAAUGUCUGCGGCCACACGCUAUGCGAGAACUGCGUGGAGAUGCUGUUUGUCCGCGGCUCGGGUAACUGCGUCCAGUGCGACACGCCCCUGAGGAAGAGCAACUUCCGCGUGCAGCUCUUCGAAGACCCGGCUGUAGAUAAAGAGGUGGAGAUUCGCAAGAAGGUGCUGAAGAUAUACAACAAGAGAGAUUUUGACUUCCCCGGCUUGAGAGAAUAUAAUGACUUCCUGGAGCAAGUGGAAGACAUAGUGUUUAACCUGACAAACAACAUAGAUGUGGAGAACACUAAGCUGCGGAUGGACCAGUACCAGAAGGAGAACAGAGACCUCAUCCAGAGGAAUAAAGUUAAACUGUCGCGAGAGCACGAGGAUCUGGAGGAGCUGCUGUUACAGGAGCAGCAGGGCAACGAGCAGCGGCGCCUGGACCUGCUGCAGGAGGAGCAGAGGCAGCUGCAGGCCAAGAGGAAGAACAAGCAGGCUCUGCUGGAUGAACUGGAGAAGUCUCAACUUCCUGCCACCAUCUUGCUCGCUCAACACAAAGUCCGUGCUGCCAAGCUGGAGACGCAGAUCGAGCAGCAGAAACUGGCCGUCAAACCUACAAACUUAUUUUCAACUGGAAUUCAUAUGCGACAGACGGUGUCUCUUCAGCCUGUUCCCAAGAUAGAGGAAGUUCUGUACCAGUACAAGGCCCUUCAUGUUGAAACCUACGGACCCCUAGUGCCUGAACUGGAGCAGCUAGGCAGACUCGGGUAUCUGAACCACGUGCGGGCUGCCAUGCCUCAGGACACAGCUGGAGGAUACACCUCAGCUUUGGCCUGUCACCGAGCUGUUCAGGACGCUUUCAGUGGGAUGUUCGUCUUCAAACGCUGAGAACAUCCAGAGCCCGGAGAUAGAUGUGACCAAAAGGACAAUAAAAAGGACAAUAAAAGCCACUCGCUGCCACCCUAAAGAGGCCAGCGCUGCUGAGCUGAAUGCUGCUCUGACUGAUUUUUGUUAAGGGUGUACAUGACCUUUUUUUAUAUUUUGUUUUAAUCUUUUAUUUACAUAAAUCAGUCGUCAAUGAAAA